AUGGAUGCGGUAGAUCGCAAUCCUGCUACACCGAAUCCAUCUCCCGACAGCGAGGACGACACGGUCCUGGCGAUGGGACUAUCAGGCGCGAAUGGUAGCGCUUCUACAGCCUCACCCUGGAAACGCAAGCAGUUAGUUGACGUAAACCCGCACGGAAGCCUGGACCUGAGCAAGUUAUCAAUGCGGCGCAAUUCGAGCUACGGCAAGCUAUCGUCGGAGGCGCCUGAAGCGAAGGUGCUCGUCAUUUACACCGGUGGAACGAUCGGCAUGAUGCGAAAUGAGAAAAAUGCCCUGGAACCGCGACCGUAUGAAUUUGUGCGCAAAAUACGCCAAUACCCCAACAUGCAUGACGAUGUGUACGCGAGUAAGCGAUAUGGAGCGGCAAAAAACAUGGCCCCACUGGUGCUGCCCUACGUGGAAGGUCAACAUCGGCGUAUCCUGUACCAAAUCUCCGAAUACGAACCACUGCUCGACUCCUCUAACAUGAGCAUUGGCGAUUGGGUGCGGAUCGCCACGGACGUCCGGCAAUCGUACGAGUUCUUUGACGGAUUUGUCAUCCUCCACGGAACGGACACGUUGUCGUACACCGCGUCGGCCCUCUCGUUUAUGCUCGAAAACCUGGGCAAAACCGUUAUUAUCACUGGCUCGCAAAUACCGAUCUUCGAGACACGCACUGACGGCAAGGACAACUUCACGUCCGCACUCAUCCUGGCCGGUAAUUACGUUCUGCCGGAGGUGUGCAUUUUCUUCAACAGCCGGUUGUUCCGGGGCAACCGGACGAUCAAGGUGAGCAGUGAUUCGCUGGAUGCGUUCAACUCACCAAAUGCGCCUCCACUCGCUAAAAUGGGCAUCAACGUGGAGGUGGACUAUCGGGUCAUUUUCCGGCCGUGUACGGUCGAUAAGUUUACGGUACACCUGCAGAUGGACGAGAAUGUGGGACUUUUGCGGCUCUUUCCAAGCAUCUCACUGGCGACGGUGAAUGCAUUCUUGCGGGCACCGAUGAGAGGUGUCGUGCUGCAAACGUACGGAGCAGGGAACUUCCCGACAAAUCGAGCGGAUCUAUUAGCAGCGUUAAGGGAGGCACAUGAGCGUCAGGUGUUGAUCGUGAACUGUACCCAAUGCAACGAGGGUGCUGUUUGUGAUCUUUACGAGACAGGGCGUCAGCUACAGGAGGUAGGCAUCCUGCCUGGGUACGAUAUGACGCCUGAGGCCGCCCUGGCGAAACUUUCGUACGUGCUCAGCAAACAGGAGUGGGACUGGGAAACGAAGCAGAAGAUGAUGAAGAGCAAUCUACGUGGGGAGUUGACCUGCGAGAAGCCACCGGAGAUGCAGGAGUACGAUCUUAUCGAUGCCGUCGCGCGAACUCUUCACUUAACAUCGACGAAAGAGCUUAGUCAGCUGAAAUCGUCCCUCUUUCCGGCAAUGGUGAACACGGCCGUAUUGACGGCCGAUGUUAAAAAGCUGACGAACCUGAAAAGCUACGGUGCAAAUAUGUCGGCAGAAAACUACGACCAUCGAACGGCGUUGCACGUGGCCUGCUGCGAAGGCAAUCUCGAGAUGGUUCAGUACCUUCUGCAGAACGGUGCGGCCGUCCAUAUUCGCGAUCGGUACGACCGUACACCGCUGAUGGAUGCGAUCAUGAACGAUCAUCAUCAGGCGAUCAGACUGCUGAUCAAGUGUGGUGCUCAUCUGACGGGUUCGAUACGUGCCAUCGGUGAUGGGUUGUGUGCGGCCGCUGCAAGGAAUCAACUGGAGCGUUUGGAAUCGUAUCGUAUUGCGGGAGCUGACAUGUCGCAGGAGGAUACGUGUGGACGGACUGCACUGCACGUGGCGGCCAUGUAUGGUCACGUGGAGAUGGUGGAGUAUCUGAUGAAAAACUUCGCCGACCUGAAUGCGGUCGAUUACCUCGGACUGACGCCUUUAGACUACGCGAUGAAGGUGAAUGCUGAACCAGUGCUGAAGAUUCUGCAGAGUCAUGACGCCCGUCGGGGUGAAGAGAUGUCGUUUGAUACGGAAAAACGUCCCACCAUGCAGGAUUCGUUCGAUUACUAGCGAGUUGGUUUGCGUUGUUGUACGCAAGAGGCGCUUGAACGUGUUUUGAUGAUAAUUUUUUAGGCGUAAUUGACGGAUGGGCUACGGAAAUAUAUCAUAAUCACUG